AAGCCAGGCAAAGCCAAAACGGAGCUCCACCAAAAGCAAGGAGCAGCAAUGAAAGUUUCGAAAUAGCAUCCCAACAACCGCAAAGGACCGGACAGGACACAGCUCUCCGCCUCGCACCAGCCCUCGAUGGUGCGUUCCAGGGACUGCAUCGGGGAUGUGAAUGUCUCGGGCCCGCUGCAUGGAGAGGGAUAAAGACACAGAAAACCCUUGCUAUUUAUUUAUUUAUUGGAAGCAAUGGACGGGUGACACCCAGAAGGCAUCUGAACCCUGAGAAGAAAAAAAACCCCAAACACCUCUGGAGAAGAAGAAUGAGACAGCAGCCUUGAUCCCCUCCACUGAGAGGAAGGUGAGCAGAAAGAGAGAAAGAAAAUACAGAAAAGCCAUGCCAGCACCAAACCUGUAGAUUACUGCAACUCGGUUUUGCUUCACUGUGGACAGAUAUUUUACUGACAGCCAUGCAGCAUAAAGGCAUUAUGCUGAUUGUGUUCUUGGAAUAUCUUAUUCCUGGCCAUGGGGAAGCAGAUCCCAUGAGGCUACAAGUCCUUCGCUGUGAUGGUCGUUCUUGCAACCCUCCAGUGGGAAACCUGGCCACAGGGAGGACACCAGUCACUCUCACCACGUGUGGCCAGAACAGUACAGAACUGUACUGCUUCUACCCCGAGCAGAAUCUCCUCCAUCAGGCCUCCCAUGGCUGUGGGCAGCCUCACUGCACCAAAUGCAAUGCCAACCAGCCUGACAACUCCCAUCUCCCUGCUGACAUGACAGACGAUUUCUUUGCAAACCCUGUCUCCUGGUGGCAGUCUGCCCAAGGGGUACACAGGGAAGAAAUCAGAUUGGACUUUGAAACAGAAUUCUACCUGACCCAUGUCAUUGCUGUGUUCAAGUCACCUCGCCCAGCUGCAAUGGUGUUGGAAAGAUCCCAGGAUUAUGGUCAGACCUGGAGGCCCUACAAGUAUUUCUCUGUCAACUGCACAGCGACUUUUGGACUUCAGGAUGAUCUCAUUGAAGAGGGCUCCAUGUGCACUUCCAGGUAUUCAGAUGCAAUGCCCUGCACAAGAGGAGAGGUGAUUUAUCGUGCCUUAAGUCCUGCUAACAAGAUUGAAGACCCUUACAGUCUUGAGGCUCAAGAUCUCCUGAAACUCACCAACCUCCGGCUCCUUUUGUUCAAAAGACAGGAAUGUCCAUGCCAGGGUUUGGAACCAGUAGAGAAACCUCAGAGGUUUGCCCACUAUGCUAUUUAUGACCUGAUAAUCCGUGGAAGCUGCUUUUGCAAUGGGCAUGCAGAGGAAUGUGAGCUUGCCAACAGGACAGGGGUCACAGAGAACAUGGUCCAUGGGAAGUGCAUGUGCAGACACAACACAGCAGGGGACCACUGUGAGAAAUGUGCACCUCUAUACAACGACCAGCCUUGGAAGCCAGGAGAUGGAAAAACGGGAGCACCAAACGAAUGCAGAAAGUGUCGCUGUCACAACCACGCUGACAGCUGCCAUUUCGAUCUGAGCGUCUGGCUGGCAUCGGGGAAGCGCAGCGGCGGAGUCUGCGACAACUGCAAGCACAACACCGAGGGGCAUCGGUGUCAAAGGUGUAAACCAGGGUACUACAGAGACAGAGGGAAGCCCAUGUCUUCUACAGAGGUCUGCAGGCCCUGCGCCUGCCAGCCCAUGGGUUCAGCCAACGCAACCUUCAGCAGGAGCUGGCGAUGCCACCCCAAGACAGGAUUCUGCUACUGCAAGCCAGGCGUGGCAGGGCCCCACUGCGACAGAUGUCUCAUGGGCUACUGGGGCUUUGGAGAGAACGGCUGCCGCCCCUGUGACUGUGCCAGAGACUGCGACCAGCGCACUGGAAACUGCUUCAACGGCUAUGAGAAUGAGCCAUUCUUUAACAUCCCCAUUGGGGGACAAAUCCCUGACCUGAUGCAAAUGCCAACCAACGAGAGUGAAGAGGAGUGGAAAUGGAAUGACCAUGAGCAGGGAUUUUCUGCACUGAGGCACCCAGAAAAGUGUGUGUGCAAAGAGAAGGUUCUUGGAAGUGUCUCUGACUUCUGCCAAAUGAAAUAUGCUUAUGUGAUAAAAGCAAGAAUCUUAUCAGCUCAUGACAAAGGGACCCACGCAGAAGUUGUUGUGAAAGUGAAGAAGGUGCUGAAAUCAGGCAAAGUAAAAAUUGCUCGGAGCAACAGAAGCAUUUACCCAGAAUCCUGGACCAACAGGGGGUGUACAUGUCCCAUUCUCAAUCCUGGUACUGAUUAUCUUAUAGCAGGCCAGGAGGACUCUAGGACCAGCAAACUCCUUGUGAACAUGAACAGCCUUGUGAAACCCUGGAAAGCAUAUUUGGGAAAACAAGUAUCAGAUAUUCUGCGGAUUGGGUGCAAGUGGAGAGAAAAGAAUGGGACAAGGAUAAAAAUCUAACAAACUGGAGCAACUGAUCAUCACAACCCACAAAUUUAUUCAAAGUCCACUUACAAUGCAGAAGAGUUCUCAAAUCCACACAGUGUUAACAAAGCAGCACACCAUGAAGACAAAGGAGCUUUUAAUGAAGGUAAAAAGUAUUUUCUCUUUAAUAUGCACUUAACUCACAGUAUCUGUUUUGAGACCAUUACACCAGGUAACAUUUCCAUUGUAUUCUCAAAGUACUUCUCCAAAGCCUGUCUAUACACUGAAGGAGCAGGUACUAACUAAAGGAACCCAAAAAAUGUGGUGUCAGAGCAAAAAGUAAAGCCAGUGACCAACAUUCUUUUCAUUCAUCUUUGUUUGCACAAUCAUUUUUAAAAAUGCAAAAGUCAUCACAAUAAUUAAAUGAAAUCAAAGGAUAUAGGCAUUUCAAGAGUUUUCUGGUAGUCCUUAACAGAUGCUGGUAGUAAAAGGCAAUCACUCU